UCCAGGAUCUUUGAAAGAUAUGGUACAAUGGUUCUGAGAUAAUAUCUGCUAACUCUUUCAGAACUCUGGGAUGUAAUUCAUCUGUUCACCGAGUACAGUAUACCAGAGAGGUCCUUAAGAGAUCCAGAAUUCUCCUCUUUGCAUCUCCAAUAAAGAGUUCACUUCAAAUUCAUAUAGAGGACUAACAUGAGGCUUAUCAGAACAAAGCUACCCUAAUUAGUUGGAACAUGGCCAGUUGGUUAUCAAAAUGUAAAAAUAAUAACUUCAUAAGUUUCAUAACCAUAUUCUAUAUCAACUUGCUGCAAGAAACCUGGCUUCCAACUGACUUGGCACUAAACACACAACUUAUUCCCUAAAUGCUGCAGCUGGGGAAGGUAGAGGUAAACCUAAAGGUUGGUUUAACUAUAUUGAAAAUCACCAAUCUGAGUGUAACAACUAAUGCCAUUUAAAUAUCAGUAAAGAACCAAUCAGGAUCUGUAUCUUAAAGUAGUUAAUGUAUAUACUUUCCACCAAUAUGAUAUCAGGUAUGCUAUGUGUGUAGACAGAUAGACUUUGCAUGGCACAUGCAAAAUUAGGCAAAGAAUAAUUAAGAGCAAUCAAGCCUGCUCAAGGUUAGCAUUGACUUUAAUUUUGUUUAUGCUUUGAUGUGUAUAUACCAUGACAGUUACUAUACUAAAUUUUCUUUCAGGUUUGACAGGGACCUGUAUAAGAAGUUUAUAAUUUUUAAAACCAUUUGGGGUAAUUUUAUUGUUUUAUCUACAAUAUAUUUGUAUUUUAUAUUGCUGUUUUAAAGUUUAUAUUAUCUGGAUUGCUAACUUUCAUAUAUUUUCUCCUUUGUUCCCUGUUUGUAGCCUAAGCACAUCCUCUAGCAUAUUUUGAUUGAAUAUUUAUUGUUUUUUAGCCAAAAUUCUUUGUUGAUAUGCACCUUUCCUAAUUAUCCAGAUACUGUCAAUUUAGCUUUGGACAUUUGAGUAUCAAUUCCAUUAUGCUGGUUAAUGACCCCAAUAGUUAUUUCUUUCUAAUCUAGAAUUGGGUAAUCAUUCACGGAAGUUCAGUAUAUCAAGGACAUGACCUCUUCAUUUGGAUUAAAUCUGUCAGAUUUGUUCAAUCAGAAUAAAAAGUACUCUUCCCAUAUAAGACUGUGCAGUGUGAACUUUCUUCCCAGUAAAGAUGCUACCCGCUUGACAAGUAGCAGCGGCUGACACCUGUUGAGGAUAAUAUACCUGCCUUUCAGUUGAUUAAAUCGCUUCGAUCAAAACAAAACAUGCCCUGUAUCCGACGACCAUAGAUAAUUUGAAUCGGGCGUCCCAGACGAGCCGUCUGCUGCUGGAAAGGAAGUGGGCUUCCGGGGGCGGGUGUUACUCACGACUACAUCAGUCAGCAGGUGGUGGGCAGAAGCUCCCCCGCGGCUACCCCAUUUUCUUCCCCGAAGCCUCCCUUGAAGGAGCGGGCGGCUCGCGAGCUUGUCUCCGCUCUUUCGGACGCGGCAUCCGAGGGGAGGGCGUGACCACUCGGGGCGCGCAGGCGGCUCCACGCGCGGCUUUUGUUCUCGCCGAGACUGGAGCCUCGGCGUCGACCUUGCGGGCGCUGGUGCCCUCGCCUGUCUCGCCUGGCCAGCUUGUCGGCCGACCAUGUUCCGAGAAAGCUGAUUGCAGCCGGGCAGACGCCACGGCUCCGCCGCCAUCCUAGUGAGCUUGAAUUGGUAACGCGCCCCAAGUUGAUCCUGCGGGAAGCCGCUCCCCAGCAACCCAUAGAGGCGUCCCGGCUGGGAAACAGCGACGGCGAGAGCGGCCUCGUUACCAUCGUCUCGACGAGCAGCAGCAGCAGCAGCUCUGACUCCAACAGCAUCAUGGACCUCUCCUUCAUGGCCGCACAGCUUCCAGUUAUGGGAGGAGUGUUUAUGGGCUCGUCCAAUGAAGAAUUUAGCACGGAAUAUUCUUUGUUUAAUUCAUCUGCCAAUGUCUACACUACUGCCUCAGUGCCAAACCAGCCAGAAGAGACAUCACGUUCUUCAAAUGAUGCCAUUUUGUUAUGGAUUGCAAUUAUAGCCACAAUUGGGAACAUUGUAGUUGUUGGAGUUGUAUAUGCAUUUACAUUUUGAGAAGAAGAACAACUCCAGGAGAAAGAGUUGCUUUGCCAUCAUUCCUAAGAGCAGAUGUAUGCGUAUGUAUGUACAGUAUGUGCACCUACCUAUAUAAAAUGUAAAUCUUUAUAAAUAUUGGUAGGUAGAUGUAAUUUGUUAUCUAAGUCCCAAUUAAGAGCAAGUGGCAAACAAAAUCACCAAAAUACCAUAAAACGUUUUUUGUAAAUUAUGUGAAGAUGAAACAUAAUUUACGUCAUAGCCAAUUAAAUAUGGAUCUUACAUGAAAGGUCAAUGCACAUACUGUAAAUGGAAAAGCAGAUUUGUUCAUCAAGGGCUCUAUUGUGAAUAUAUAGGUUAUCUAAAUAAUCUUUGGAUUAAAUAUUGGAUACAUUUUGUCUGUUUUUUUUUUUUUUAAUUUAGUGCAAGCAUCCCAAUUGUUACAUUCUGUGGCAGUCUAAUUCUCUUGCUCUCUAAAGGCACAAAGCAAAUGAAAUUUCAAUUCAUUUUGAAGUCUGCUGGGGAAAAAUGGUCAGGGUGUUUACUCUUAAGUAGUGCAGAGCCUCACAAGUGAAAUGUACAUUAUUCACAGAAAUUUCACAAAUGGAUAGAUUCCUAUUGUAGGCUAGAUUUAAUUUUUCAAAGCUUUCUCUGAGGGAGAAAGAAAAUCACAAGGAGUCCUAAAAAUAUCCACAUGUCUGAGUUUGAAAACAGCCAUAGAAAUUAUAAAUCUUCAUUUAGGGGAGACUGACUGGACAGGGCGAUUUUGCAAAAUGGAUGGAUUAAGAAUCUUUUCUUUCAGGAGUGUUGGAGUUUUCCUAUAUAUUUUUAAGGGGUUGGAAACCAAACUACCGAAUUUGAACUAUCCAGUUGAAUGGGCUUGGACAGCUAGAGCAAAGAAAUUUAGAGGUAACCAAUUGCAAUUCCAAAACUAUCUCACUUCGAGAUUAUGGUGCAAAUUAGUGCGCACCAAUCUUUCUUAAGACUAAGAACCAUAUUGGAAGUUUUCUAUAACUAUGCUAUAAAAUCUGUUUUCCUUUUGCCAAUUUUAUGGAGAUGUAUUUUAAAAUGGAUAUUUUUUAUUUUUUUAGAAACUUUAUUUAUGUGUAAUUUUUGGUUUCCUUUAUAACAUAAUGGAUAUUUUUUGUUUAUUUAAUACAUUUAUAAUCUGUGUUUCCUCCAGAAAUUUAAGGAUACUCUUUUUCCAUGUUUUUACUACAAACACAGUCCUAAGAGAUAAGUUAACUAAGAACUUUUAAUUGGGGUGCUAAGAGUGAUUAGCUUAAGGUUAUCUAAUAAAUUGCUAUUGAAGAAGGACUUGAACCUGGUCCUAAUCCAAUAUCUAAAUCAUUUUAUGACACUAGCUGUCAUCAUAUGAUUUGAGGUGCCAAACUUUUCUUCUUUCCCUUCAUUUUAUCCCAUAUAAAUAAUUGACAAAUAGCCAUUGUCCAUUAAGAUUGUGUAAAGGAUUUGAAAAGAUGCUUUGUGAAGUUCAUCAAUGCCUCCUUAAAGUGAUGGGGCAGGGGCAGUCUUCUAUGAAAGGCUUGACCUAGUUGUUUCCAAAGUUUUUUUUUUUUUCAAAUUAUUUUAACAUGCACAUUCUGGUAGCCAUCAGUGAGAAAAUUCAUGAGCUCUACUCUUUCUUCUGAUAGGUCAUUUCUUUUUUAACUGAUAUUGGACUGGAUAGUUCUUUAAAUAGAAAAUGAUCCUCCAAAAGUAGGACAUGCAAUCAUCAUAAUGUCUCCGUUUUUUCCAGGGAUUUCAAUAUAUUCUGGCUACUUGCAUGCAAAAUGAAUUUCUCCAAUUUCUUCACUUUAAAACAUAAAUAAAAGCAAAGUUAAUUUACAUUCCCUAAUGUUUUUCAAGAACAUGUCCAUCUUCAUAAUUAGAUGAGCAAACGGCAAAUCAUUUCUCCAUGGAAUGCAGCAAAACAUACUCUUUUUUCCCCUCCCAGCUGAUCCAUUCUUUAUGAUUUUGCCAAUAAAAUGUUUCACUUAGAUUAAUUUGUGGGGGGUUUAUCCAAGUGCGGUCAGUAGUAUGAGUAGUUCUCUACUUAUGACCACAUGACCUUUUUAUGACAUUUUUGCCACACUUGUUAACGUGAGUCACUGCAGUUGUUACGUUACUAACAUGGUUAUUAAGUGACUCUGGCUUCCCCACUGACUUUGC